UUUUUUUUUUUAUAUUUUCUUAGUUGGAUCAAUUUAUUAAAAUGGCAUAUCAAUUUGGCGGCAGCUUGUUAGCAACACAGAAAUUAUCAAGUCAAAUAAAUGUUAAUAAACGUAGACUAGAAGAAGAUGAUAUUGAAGAACAUAUCGUGACAAAACGUUACUUUGAUUUAAACACACAAUUUUCUCCUAACCAACAAGAGGAGAAGAAUUUACCUGCUAUUACAUAUGCUUCACCAGAUUAUAGACCACUACCACCCACUGAACCACCUCUUUGGCUUCAACCUAUAACUGCUGCUAAUUCACCGAUAUCUACUACAGAAGAUGAUUCUGAAGAAGAUGAUUUACUAACACCGUUAUAUUUACAACAAACCAAUACUAAAUCAAAUGUUGAUUAUUGGAAUAGUAAUAAUAAUAAUAAUAACGAUAGUAUGCUUGUUGAUCAAUGGCAACGACAAUAAUUUCCCCAGAAAAAAAAAAUUCUACCCCUUAUUUUUUUUGUAUAUAUAUGAAAAAAAAAUGCUUUUCCUUCUCCUCCACAAUAAUAUAUAUAUAUGUAUAUGCAUAUGCACAACACACACAUGUAUGUAAAUAUGAAUAUAUUCUUACGUAUACAUAUAAUUAUAAAUUUCCUUUUUCACUUCGAUAAUGUGCAUACACAUAAAAAUAAAUAAAAAUUUACACACACCUGUUUUGAUUUUUCCUGUUGAAGCCUUGUUGUUGUACACACCCUUCUCCGGACGCAUGAUAAAAAUAAUAGCCGGACCACCAAUUUGUUUGAUAUAAUGCAUGAAUAUAAGUGGCUUUGAAUCUAAUUAUUUCACUUUUACAUUUUUUUUUCUACUACAGAAGCCCUUAUCCCCCCCCUUCUCCUCCUUUUUUUUUCAUAUUGUUACUACUACGAAUCCAUUUAAUUCAGAAGAAAAACAUGUCAUGUUUCAUGAUUCUAUUUAACAUCAC